UGGAGAACUUGAAAAUGGAGAAAAAUCAAGACCACAACGCGUAAUUCUAGAGGAACAAAAAGACUUAAAGAGUGUCGCUAAUACUAUUGAGUCUAAGGGUGAAGCAUCUGAAUACAUAUCCACUCAUCAUUCUAGUAUAACUGUACCAGUAGACACAUCGAUACAGCAUUCAUCUCCAGAUUCUUACGAAACUCAAGAAUUAGAUAUGCAUAAAGGUGUCGAUUCAUCACAUAAGAGCUCUACUCAGUAUUCUCAUUCAGAUAAUACAUGGCAAAUGAGUGAUUCACGUGGAAACUCUCCUCAACAUAAUUUAUCUGGUGAUCAAGAUUUAGAUGGUAAAACUCAUAUUGAAAAUAUUCCUGCUAAGGAUAUCCCUGGAAGUCAAGCUCAUGGUGAUCAAGCUCUUGCUAUGAAAACUGCUGAUGCUUCACCUAUUGCUCAGAUUGAACCAGUUAGUGAAGAACAAAUUGAUAAAAAUUCUAUUUCUAGAUCUACUGUUAUAGUUAAUACUGAAAAUAUAACUUCUGAUAAUGUAGAUACUGUUACUGUAGAUAUUA